CGUGCCUGUAGCGGCGCAGGCAGUAGGGCUGUCGGAGCGGCGCGGCCGUGUAGCUCCCGGGAACUGGCUGUCGUGGGGGUGGCGGGGACGCGAGUGGCGGCUGCGUGGGGUGCAGGGCGGGUGGCCGCACGGCUGCACCUUCCUCACGGAGCCCGGAGUCGACUUGGAGCAAUUGCGGUGAGGCGACAGCUCCGGCGCACACCCGAGAAGAAGCGGCGGUGGCGGCGGCCCCAGCCAUGCUGUGCUAUGUGACGAGGCCGGACGCGGUGCUGAUGGAGGUAGAGGUGGAGGCAAAAGCCAACGGCGAGGACUGUCUCAACCAGGUGUGCAGGCGUCUAGGGAUCAUCGAGGUUGAUUAUUUUGGGCUGCAGUUCACGGGGAGCAAAGGUGAGAGCUUAUGGCUGAAUCUGAGAAACCGGAUCUCCCAGCAGAUGGAUGGGCUGGCACCUUACCGCCUUAAACUGAGGGUCAAGUUCUUUGUGGAGCCUCAUCUCAUCUUACAGGAGCAGACAAGGUAAAGCGAGGCCGAAACAAACCAAUGUCAAGUACACCUCAGAUUCCAUUUAGUGGUAGCUAUCGUGCCCUCCCGGAGAUGUUCCCUGGCAAAAUUGACUUGGUGCAAAGGAAGUUCAGGAAAAAUUCAAGUUUUCCAAAGCACAGUUGGCCUGGGUGGGUUUUUCAACACUUGGUUUUUUGUUUUGUUUUGUUUUUGUUUUUCCUGUUCUGUAUAAUAUUAGUGGGAGAGGCAGGGUUGACUUCUUACAAACAAAAAGAAAACCAACUUCCUGACAGCUUCAUCUAACGCCCGCUAGUAACCCCGCCUCAGCAGUGUUACUACAGGUCACUGUAGACCGUUCUAGCGGAAAGCAGGAAACAGUUCCUCUUGGGUUACUUAAACUUGGUCAGUCCUCAGCCUAAGUGUCAGAUUACAGUGUGUAGCAGGAGCGGCUCUGUCUGGCCUCCUACAGAUUUUAAAACUUUUUUAAGUUUCACAAAAUCUUAAUAAAAGAACUCUUUGAGGGGCCACUGUAAAGUAAAUUUCAGCCUACAGAUUUAUUAAAAAUGAUUGUUGGACAUGUGUUGUUGUUUUUUUCCUCCUUGUUAAACUAAGGGCCACCAGCCAUGGUAGACAACCGAAGCCUGUGGGUGUGGUCUCCUUUUCAAACGACCAAAAUACACACACACAUACCCGGCAUAUCUUUUUCUUGCACAUUAAAGAGUCCCUCUUGGCAGGCCACCUCCAGUGUUCCCCAGAGCAGGCCGUGGAACUCAGUGCCCUCCUGGCUCAGACCAAAUUUGGAGACUACAACCAGAACACCGCCCAAUACAGCUAUGAGGACCUGUGUGAGAAAGAGCUCUCCAGCUCCACUUUGAACAGCAUCGUUGCGAAGCAUAAGGAGCUGGAGGGCAUCAGCCAGGCCUCUGCCGAGUACCAGGUUCUGCAGAUUGUGUCAGCGAUGGAGAACUACGGCAUAGAGUGGCAUGCUGUGAGGGACAGCGAAGGACAGAAACUCCUCAUUGGGGUCGGACCUGAAGGCAUCUCGAUCUGUAAAGAGGACUUUAGCCCUAUUAACAGGAUAGCUUAUCCUGUGGUGCAGAUGGCCACCCAGUCAGGAAAGAAUGUCUACUUGACCGUCACCAAGGAGUCCGGCAACAGCAUCGUGCUCCUGUUUAAGAUGAUCAGCACCAGAGCAGCCAGCGGCCUCUACCGAGCCAUCACCGAAACACAUGCAUUCUAUAGGUGUGACACAGUCACCAGUGCCGUCAUGAUGCAGUACAGUCGCGACCUGAAGGGCCACUUGGCGUCUCUGUUUCUGAACGAAAACAUUAACCUUGGUAAGAAAUACGUCUUCGACAUCAAGAGAACAUCCAAAGAGGUCUAUGACCAUGCCAGGAGGGCUCUGUACAACGCCGGCGUUGUGGACCUUGUCUCUCGAAGUGACCAGAGCCCCCCCAGCUCACCCCUGAAGUCCUCAGACAGCAGCAUGAGCUGCAGCAGCUGUGAGGGCCUCAGCUGCCAGCAGACCCGGGUGCUGCAGGAGAAGCUGCGCAAGCUGAAGGAAGCCAUGCUGUGUAUGGCGUGCUGCGAGGAGGAGAUCAACUCCACCUUCUGCCCCUGCGGCCACACUGUGUGCUGCGAGAGCUGUGCAGCCCAGCUGCAGUCCUGUCCGGUCUGCAGAUCCCGUGUGGAGCAUGUCCAGCACGUCUACCUGCCCACCCACACCAGUCUCCUCAAUCUGACUGUCAUCUGAUGCGUCCUGCACUCGAUGGACAAGCCAUGUCCCCACAAGCUGCAGUAUUGUAAACUAUAAGAAUAAUAACUUUGUGAAGAGCUAUUUCACUCUCAACACCCAUCUGCCAUGAGACAUUUUCAGAAACAAGGAGGAAAAGAAAACAAGAAUGUGACCACACCUCUUCCGUGAGGAGAAGCAACAGGCCCCAUGGCCACCAGGAAGAACUCUGGGACACGGACACAUUCCUUGAACUUUAGGGUUGGUUUUUUUUUUUAAUGAUCAAGUAAAGGAGUAGAUAGAAUCGUCUUCGUCAGUCAAGUGGCAACAUGGCCCAACCGUGGGCACCUUUUAGGAAAUGACGUCAUAUGUCUCCUUCACUUUUUCCCCGGGCAGCAGAUUUUGUAAGUGUUUUAAGGAUUUCCUUGGUUCUUUUUGUAUGGUCAUGGAGCGCUGAAUAUUUUUAAUAGGGAUUUUUUUUCUUAAAGAAAUAGUCCUCAUUAUAAAAGUCAUUUCUGUCUUUAUAACUCAUUCAAGAACAACUGGAAAAGCUGGCAGAUUGAAAAAAAAAAAGCAAUCCUGUGACUUCCCAAGGGUUGACAGCAAUGUUGUCAGAUUGGAAGCAGUCUGGCUGAGAGCCAAUAGGUAACUCACCGUGGGUGACUUCCUUCCUAGAGCCCUUCCGUUUCCCCUCAUUCCACACCCCAUGCCUUUCACUGAUAAAAAUGCUACCAGUUUGGUUAAGAGACAUACAUGGUAGAGUCAAGCACUCCCUGGGCUUUGGAGAUUGGAAAGCGAGAGUAGCUUCCUUGAAGGAAAAAGAUGAGAGAGAGAGAGAGAGAGAGAGAGAGAGAGAGAGAGAGAGAGAGAGAGAGAGAUGAGCCAGAGAGCCACUCAGUAUGCCCGAGUGGUUCUUCACUUUCCCAAGCACUCACUCCAGCUGCACCCAUGGGUGUCGCCUUGCUUGAAGAUCAAACUUUCUACAGCCUUAUAGGUUUCUAGAUAGUGUCUCCUUUUUGUGUAUGUCUUGUUUCUCGUUGUUCGAGUUUUCCUAUGUCAGUGCUUCCAUACUCAUUGUCCUGCCCCCUCGGUGUCUUCCAGAGGUAGGGCUACUUCUUUAUGUUUCCAUAUUCUAAGUUUUCACCCCCACUUGGGCAUUUUGGAAGCUAGUGAGCUAGGGGGUUUUCUAGGGUGUCAGGAAACCUAGCUGACCUCAUCGGGUGCAAUACUAGCUAAGUUAAAGCUAGAAGCCUACACUGUCACUUUACUGAGAUUUCUGAGUCUACGUUUCAUAUUGCCUUAAUGUAGCAGUAAUGUGUUUAUGCAUUUGUUUCUUUGCACAGACAUUUUGUCAGAUAUUAAAACUCUACUUUUUUAUGGCACAUAUUAGCAUAUAAGCCUUUAUUCCAAGAGGUAUUUAUUUUUUCACUUGUAAAAAAAAUAAUGUUUCCACAUUUAAAAAAAAAAAAACUCUGUUAUAUCCUAGAGGACUUCUGUCUUUUAUAUUCAGGAUAAUAAAGACUUUAAAGCAAA